UCCGAACCUAAGUACACAUAAACUUUUUGCCAUCCUUGAGGAUUACCACGAAAAUUGGACGAAAUAUUUUGGAGCUAGAAGAAUACUGCAAGUAGUUUGCAUGAGUGAUGAAAUAAUCUAACAUCUUAGAUGGCCGGUCACCCUUAAUUCUGCAAAUCAAGAAUUUUCAGGAGAAUUCAUGUAAACUCAUUCUAGAGUCUAGACCAAACAUUUUAGUGAUUGUUGCCUUGGUGAGGUGUACCUACUUUGUUGUUUAUUAGUCAGCUUCUUCAAGCUGACUGGGUGGUGUACAGUAUGUCCUAUAAAAAACAUGCAAAAAUUUGAAAAAUUUGUUUGCUCAGUAAUGACAAUACAAACUCCUCGUGUAAAUAUGCUUUUCGGUUAUUAUUAUUAUUCGGUUCCGGCAAACUAGUUCAAUGAACCAAUUGAUCAGAUGGAAUAAAACAAUAAAAUAACAGGGUUCUAAUACUUUCACAAUUUUUUCUGGGAUAUACUGUAACCCGCUGAGAUUGAAUGCUUGCGACCGGCUGAAGCAGUGAUCUGUCAUUAUCAGUCCGACAUCGGCAGCCAAUCAAUAAGCCAGUUAUACUUUAGGAAGCGAUCUGAACUAGAAAAAUGUGGUGUACUUUGCUAGGCUGCCUAGCUGGUUUUCUAUGUGCAGUAUAUCUGUUUCUAGUUUGGGAAUUCAAGAAAUGGAAACAAAUUGGCGUAAAAGGACCAAAGCCACAAAUAUUUUUUGGGAAUAUUCCAAGUAUGUUAACACAGAAACGACACGUGUAUUAUGAUUUGGAGAAAAUUUAUAACGAUUUCAAAAAUGAGCCCGUGGUUGGUUACUUCAGCUUACGUACCCCACAACUGAUGAUUCGUGACCCAGCACUGAUCAAGGAGGUUCUUUCGAAGAACUUCCAACACUUUGAUUCCAAUCAGUUUUCCGACUUUCUGGAUGAAAAGUCGGAUCCACUGCUGGCUCGCAAUCCAUUCAAUUUGUCUGGAGAGAAAUGGAGAAGUCGACGAGCGGAAAUUACUCCAGCUUUCACAAAUAAUCGGAUAAAAGCACUUUUUACGUUGAUGGACGAAGUAAGCAUUCGAAUGACUGAAUAUGUCAAAAAAGAAAGCAAACUAAAUGGCUCGACAUUCGACAUCAAAGAGCUGAUGUCCAAAUAUACGACCGAUGUCGUGUCCAACUGUAUCUUCGCAAUCGAUGCACAAUCGUUCACGAAAGAAAAACCUGAAAUCCGAGAAAUGGCUCGUCGAAUCAUGGACUUCAACAUCAUCGUGAAAAUUGCAAUGGCCGCUGUUACACUGUUUCCUUCAAUCAAAAACUUUUACAAAUUUUCCUUUAUUCCCAAGGAUGUUGAAGCAUUUUUCAUUCGCAUUAUGAAGGACGCCAUUCGGUACCGCAAGCAAAACAAAAUUGUUCGCAACGACUACCUGGACCAUCUUCUGUCGCUGGAGGAAAAGAAAAAUAUCUCCGAACUGGACAUAGCCGGUCACGGUGUAUCAUUCUUUGCCGAUGCAUUUGAAUUGUCCAGUAUGAUUAUGACCAACUGUUUGUACGAUAUAGCUUCACACCCCGAAGUACAAAGGCAGUUGAGAGAAGAAAUUCACCUCGUCCAGAAAAGCAAAGGAGGUGUAACGUACGACAAUCUAGGAGAAAUGACUUAUCUUGAUCAGGUUCUAAAUGAAACACUUAGACUUCAUCUCGUUGGUCCCAUUCUAGGGAAGCGAUGUACGAAGGAUAUUGUGUUGGAGGUAUCGAAAGAUAAGAAAAUUCCUGUUACAGCAGGCACAACCGUUACUAUUCCGUUUUUCGUUCACUUGGAUUCACAGUAUUAUGAGGAACCGGAAAAAUUCAAACCGGAAAGGUUUGCGCCGGAGACGGGAGGUACAAAACCAUACAGAGAAAAGGGAGUGUUUUUUCCAUUCGGGGAUGGAGCCAGAAUGUGUUUAGGAAUGCGUUUUGGUUUAGCGCAAAUGAAAAGAGGCAUCGUAGAGAUCAUAGACAACUUUGAAGUCUCGGUAAAUAGCAAAACAAUUGUCCCGCUCCAAUAUGAGCCUAAAAUGUUCUUUCUCUAUCCGAUUGGUGGAAUAUGGUUGGAUCUUAAGGCAUUGAAUUGAUCAUUAUAUUUCUUAGAACCCGUUUAAUAAUGUAUUCAAUAAAAAGAAUAAAGCAUGAGUUAGAAUUUAA